CAGCAUCACAGACUCUGGCAGGGCUCCCCAAACAGGUUGCUCAAGGGCAGCUCUUCCUGUUGCUGCCUGUGAGGGGCACAGUGAGCCCUGCGUGAUCCUGGGCAGUGCAUGGACGGCAUCCUCCUGGCUGGGCAGGUGCCUCUGGAUUGAUUGACAGUAGCUUUGACAGUGGUUAGUGCAGGGGCAGGUCAAGGCUGUAACCACUGUGGAUGGGGCCUCUGGUCCUCAUGGUCUGCCUUGUCAGCACACACUGGUGCAUGUGGGUGACCAUGGUCGUGUUUACUGUCCUCAGCGUGAAGAGUGCGCAGGCACCACGGGAGAUGUGGAGGAAGUGGCUGAGAGCUACCAUCCUGGGGGCCUGUGCCACGCUCGCUGCACUCCUGCUCUGGGACAGUCUGGGGGGCGAUGAUGGUGUCACUGAGAUCCUGGCUUACCGCAGUGAGAUCCUGCCCCGCUGGUUCAUCGAGGUGCCCUGCUCCAAGGACUAUAACAGGCAACAAAGGUUCAAAGGCUGCUCCCCUAUCAAGUGUGGCCGGGGCAUCACCGACGCUGUCAUCACCAGGAAUGAAGCCCAGUGGAUGCGCAGGAUCGCAGAGAAGGGGCUCUCCCGGGGAGGAUCCUAUGGAGGGGCGUCCAUCCUGGACUUUCACUCGGGCACCUUGUCUCUUGGGAGUAACUUUGUGAACCUGUACAGCUACUUUGGGGAUAAAAUUAAAAACGUCUUCUCAGAAGAGGACUUCCAGUUAUAUGGGGACGUGCGGCGUAAGCUCCAGCUUAUGGUUACCCAGGCCUUCGGCAUCAGCGCAUCCUUACUGCACCUGACCAAGCCCACGUUCUUCUUGCGCAUCAACACCACCAAGUCCCACACGGCCUACGACGAGUACUGGCACGCGCACGCGGACAAGGUGACCUAUGGCUCCUACGACUACACUGCGCUGCUGCACCUCUCCGACUACCUGGAUGAUUUCGGUGGGGGGCGAUUCAUGUUCGUGGAUGAGGGAGGCAACAAGAUGGUGGAGCCCAGAGCAGGACGGGUGUCCUUCUUCACCUCGGGGUCCGAGAACCUGCACCGGGUGGAGAAGGUGCACUGGGGUACCCGCUACUCCAUCGUCAUGGCCUUCACCUGCGACCCAGACAACAGCGUCACAGACCCUGCCUUCCCGUAGCUCGGAGCUCGGGCUGCAGGGAGCCCUCCAGCCGGAAGCAGCACCUCCCUCCUGUUUCAUCCUUUCCUGUUGAACGAGGUGCCUUACGUAUCACCUGGAUUUUGAUUUUCUAAUGUUUCCACCAUUUCAUCUCUUGAGUAAAUUAAGGGAACCAGUUUCUUACUUCCCA